AUGGAUACCCGUGGCGAGGAAGCACAACAUGAUCGUGGAAUGCGAGCCCGCGUGUUUCACUGGGCAGGACGCAAGGUCAGCCAAUUUUUGGAAAGUGACAGUGAGCCAUCUUCGUCAUCAACACCCGGGCACCAGGACAGACCAAGUCAACAUGGCUCAAGCCAUGGUCAAAAUCCAAUUCUACCUCAACAAUCCGAUCAUCUGCGUCUACUUUUCAAGGCGUCACCUCUCCCAGUGCUGGACACCACCACGAACACCUCCCAUGCCGCUUACACUUCCAACCAGUCUUACCCGCCCGACGUCUCUGUUUCUUGUGUCGAUUUCUUGGGUGAAGUCCACAGCGCUACCACCUACGUCAAACGCGACCUCGGUUUUCAAGGGCAGAUCGGUUCCUUUGUUCUCCUGUCCUACGGCGACACGAUGUACUCUGACGUGAAUUACUCGGACACGUGGCGUGGCAUGACCAGCGACUCGGUCGCGCUGGCCACUCAUGACCCUCUUGUCGUCGUCGAUCCCGUACUCAACCAGCAAGGCUACCCUCCGCAGUUCUGCCCCGUCGUCGAUUCAUUCGGCGAAGACCCUUCAGAGUGCGCUCUGGGCAUAACGAACGUCGUCCAGACCACAUCGUCCGACGACGGCGUCAUGUUUUUUCUGUUGAACCAUCGACCGGACGGGAAAAACAACCUGGUGGGUGCAGGCGUGGCGACCGUCCACGUCGACACGUCCCGAUACCCUCUCGCACCUCACAUCCGGCGUCUCGCGCGGUUCUGGUGGGACGCGUCGCAGGAGCCAUGGUACGGCGACGUGUGCGCACUCCGGCACGACGGGUUCGUCUACGCGUACGGCCACGGUGGACACGCCGACCAGAACCCCUGGGUGUACGUCGCGCGGGCGCGUCUCCACGAGGCCACGAACCUGGACUGCUACGAGUAUUGGAACGGAGAAGGAUGGCAGGCAGAGCGACUCAUGACAAAAGAUCUGGGCGAGAAGGAGAGUGUGUUCUGGCAGAUCAACCAGGGUCAAGUCGUCUGGAACGGGUAUCUGGGCUGUUUCAUCUUCGUGUACUGCGACAACUGGAUGAAUUCCAAGGUGUUGAUGAAGACGGCCCAGAAGCCCGAGGGACCUUGGAGCGACGCCGUCGAACUCUACCAGGCGACCCCGUUGAGUGAAGGGAGUGCGAUAUACGCGGCGAUUCCGCACGAUUAUUACGAUCGAGAUGGGCGGACGUUGGUUGUCACAUUUACGAACCAUCCAAACACGAUACAGGCAAUCAAGGUAACGUUUGGUUGA